UAUGAGGAGAGUUGAAUGAAAUAUUUAGCUGGCGAAUUCCCUUCCGUACCAACAGGUGGCAGUAACUGAACGAGUCAACUCUUCAAAAGACAGGCAACUAGUUUUCUGAACGGCGUGUGAGAUAGAUUUCCUUCUACACAGCAACAAUGGCAGCCUCCAAUACCAAUGUGAUACGGGUGCGAUUGUAUUUUGAUUACCCGCCGCCCUCGGUAUCCGACUGUCGCAUGUGCUGGGUCCUCGUGGAUCUGAACAAAUGCCGCGUGGUAGCAGACAUAGCCAGCGUGAUCAGGGAAAAGUUCGACUUCAGUCGCAGGAGCAUUUUGAGUCUGUUCAUCGAGGACUGCUACCUGCCGCACACAGAGAGCAUCUACGUCGUCCGAGAUAACGACAGCAUCAGAGUGAAGGUGGACACCCUGACCCUUUCAAGUGGAAGUCAGUCGAACACAUCUGUUGUGAAGUCCAAGAAGAGGAGGAGAGCUGCCGAGGAGGAGGAGGAGCCCACACAGAACCGAGUGAGUGAAGAGUGGAAGAAGAAGAAGAGAAAGAAGGAGAGUCAGGAGGCCGAUUCCAACGAGGCUGUAGUUGAAGAGAGGAGGAAAGAAGACAAGAAGAAACAGAAGAAGAAGAAAGAUAAGGUGGCGACCAAAACCACUGCCUCGUCCACAGGACCCCUCCCACCUCGUCCACAGGACCCUCUCACACCUCGUCCACAGGACCCUCUCACACCUCGUCCACAGGACCCUCUCACACCUCGUCCACAGGACCCCCUCCCACCUCGUCCACAGGACCCUCUCCCACCAUAUGAAAGCAGUAGUGAGGAGGAGGAGGCCCCCAGUAAAACCCCCAUGCAGAAACUACCCCCCAAAUCACACUCUGCUAGCUCUACACCCCCUGUCACAUCUAAAGCCACCCCUGUAGUUAAACCCCGUGUCCCCGUUAAGAAACCACGCCCACCUCCCUCAUCAUCUGAUUCGGACUCCUCAGACUCAUCGGGUGACGAUGCCUCUAGCAAAGCCACCACAGGCAAACCUCCCGUUAAAAACCAAACUCCUCUAUCCAAACCUGCUGCCACUCCUACCACCAUACCGACCGGCUCCGGAGCUGGUCCUAGAGACAAAACCACCCCCUCCUGGCCCAGCCUCCCUUCCUCAGGUCCCAGGACCUCUGUAUCCCCUGGCCAGAGAGCUAAUGCUCUAGGGCCAGGCUCUACCCCAGCAGUGCAGAAGGCCCACAGGAGGCCUGAGAGCCCAGGCUCUAGUAGUAGUGAGGAGGAGAUCCAGCUGGUUAUCAAACAACCGGGCCUGGGGAUGGGGAUAGUCCCUGCUAUGGCAGCACAACCCACCUGGAGAGGCAGGGGAAGCCCUAUGGGUGCGGAGAGAGGGGAAGAUAGCGGGGCAGGGGGGGGAGAUAAUGCAGGGUUUUAUUUCAACUAUGAAGGUGGACAGCGACAGCAGACUCCUCAGCCACCAUCGUACCAGAAGGACUCCCUGAUUAACAGCUCUGUGGUGUUCCAGAACCCAUCAGAGAGUGUCCCCAAGAGGGACUACAGUGAGAUGCCCCUCCUAGCUGCUCCACCUCAGGACGGACAGAAGAUCGCCUUCAAGCUACUGGAGCUGACAGAGAACUACACACCAGAGGUGUCUGAGUAUAAAGAGGGGAAAAUCAUUCAUUUUGACCACAGCACCAAACAAAUUGAGCUAGAGCUGCUCUCUACUUAUCAAGCGCCGGUGGAGCCGGGGAAGUUUGACCUGGUGUAUCAGAACGCGGACGGAUCCGAGAGUGUGGAGUACGCUGUGUCCCGGGGCUCCAGGGUGACUGAACGUUGGGACUCACUGCUGGAACCCAGGCUAGUUGUUGGGAAUUUGAGCUGAGGAACAAGAUGGACGUUCUUGGUCGACUUGGACCAGGCAUUUCUAACACACUGGCCCAUUUCCCCCACUCGAGUUCCCCACUAUUGGCCAAAUUAUAAUAAUUCAGCACACAACCCCAAUUUAGACUAAGUUAAAGAUGGACCAGCCCAAAUCUGGCAUUUGCCGGAUCUUCCCCAUGGCCAGUCCGUUUCUGGUUGGAUGGACUGGGGCUUGUUCUGACACCUCCAUAGACAGUUUACCCCGAACCCAGAUUAAGCUGGAGAUGUUCCAUUUACUAUGAUUAUGUUUAGUUCAGGAGUAGAGCCUUAAUCUGGGUCUGGGAAACCAGCCUUACUGUCAACAUGUGGUUGAUUCUACAGUCUCUCUGAUGAAGAGCUAUAUACUGGUAGCUAUUUUACCUUACCAAACCCCUUAUCCCAGUCUUACUGUCAACAUGUGGUUGACUCAACUAAUUCAGGAUGUUUCUUUUAUGGAGAUUUGUUAAAUGCAAGAGUUUUGUGUUUCAGUUUAUUUCCUCAGUAGACACGAGUUAAAAUGAAAUUGACCAGAACCUUGGAUUCAGCUAAUCAAAGUCUGGAUUAAAGCUAUUGAUUAGUUUUAGUUCUGGGUGUGAUGAGCACCAUUUUAAUGACCCACUUAAACAUCUUGUAAUGUAGUAUUGUGGAAGGAGGGCACAGGGUUGGUUGCAUAACUACCUUCAAAUGUUAUUUAAUAUUUGGUCUCUUUACUUUUUUUUUUUUUUUACACAUUGAUAUAACUGUGAAUGUCCCAUCUUGAAUUUUUUUUAAAAACUUGUUUGUAAGAUAAUAAAGUUGGAUAUCCUAUGGACCGGA